GUCAUUGCGAGAGUCUUGUGAUGAAGAGUUCGUCGCCCAACAAGGGCAAAGUUUGAGAACGUUUGCUUGAGCCGAGAAUGCCGGUGAAAGUUGACGUUGUCCCCCCACCGCCCGCAAACUCAAAGCAGCCGGGUGUCACAAAAUCUUUGCUGUACAACGGUUCACGAUUUCAAGGUUCUCAAAAGUCUAAAGGCAACAGUUACGACGUAGAAGUAGUUUUGCAGCACGUAGAUGAGGAAAACAGUUAUUUAUGUGGCUAUCUAAAAAUUAAAGGUCUCACAGAAGAAUAUCCAACUUUGACUACAUUUUUUGAUGGUGAAAUUAUAUCAAAGAAAUAUCCAUUUUUAACUCGUAAAUGGGAUGCGGAUGAAGAUGUUGAUAAAAAACAUUGGAGCAAAUUCGAGUCGUUUUGUCAGUAUGCCAAAACUUUUAAUUCAGACACAUUCGAUUACGAAGCUCUGAAGGGAACUGAUUUUGUUUUUAUGAGAUGGAAGGAACAUUUCUUGGUUCCCGAUCAUACUAUUAAAGAUAUCAAUGGUGCCUCAUUUGCAGGAUUUUAUUAUAUUUGCUUCCAAAAAUCUGCUGCUACAAUUGAAGGCUUUUAUUAUCAUCGUAGUUCUGAAUGGUAUCAGUCUCUGAAUUUAAAACAUGUUCCAGAACAUAGCAUACAGAUCUAUGAAUUCAGGUGAAACCAAUAGUUUCGCACAAUCCGUUUCUUCGAAUUCAUAUUUCUCCUCCCUAGC